AUGAGUCGGUCGCAAGUCUUUUCACUACUUGAUGAUCAGCAUGAAUCGAUUUCCAAUGCCAAAACAGUCAAGUUGAAUUCGUUACCCUCAGUGAAUACUCGUAUUUUAAUUGACCUUAUUGAUGAGUAUUUACUGUCUUUCCACCCUCCUUUGGUGGUAGAAAGGUUGACACUUCAAGAUGAUUUCAUCACCGAAAUACCACCCAACAUCAUCAAAAUACUGAAACACUUGAAAUAUUUGGACUUGCACCAUAACAACAUCUCGCAUAUAUCUAGCAACAUUUUGCCAAUGCUCAAGCUGGUGGAAAUUCUAGAUUUAUCAUCAAACCAGAUUUCGCUAGUGCCGGAGUCAAUCACAAACUUGAGCAGCCUAAAAGUAUUGUCCUUGAAGAACAACAACAUCAAAUACCUUACACCAGCUCUAGGCGAACUCGAACAUUUAAAUCUUAUUGAGGUUUCGAAUAAUCCUCUCAGGAUCCCAUCAUUUGAUUUGAUACGAUCAUUCCAAGGACGAGCUGCUGAGAAGGAUUGGGUGAGCCAAUUGAAAAUUUACUUAUUAUCAAACAGACAUACAAUCAAUGCCAAAAUUGAAGAAUCAAGAGAUCCCACCCCUCUGCAUUAUCAAACCAUGGAUCCACAUAAUACAGAAUAUCAAGUUGCUCUGCUAGAUGUACAAUCAUCUCAAAAUGCGAGCGAUGUCACCAAAUCAAAAUCCACAAAAGCUUCCAAGAGGAUGGGCUUCAUUGUCAAAAAGCUAGAGGAGACAACACCAGAGGAUGAUUUAGAAGACGAGAAACCGAUAACAAAGACAUCAAUUCCCAGACCAAUCAUUCAUGAUGGUGCUCCUCACUCAGCUUCUGCUGCUGAAACUAAGUUUGUGAUAGCAAGCCCGCCACCACCUUCCCAGUCAGCUGUAACGAGCUCCACUGCACCGAGCUCAGCCUCUGUAUCUCCUUCUAAUGAGUAUGCCGCGUUGGCACACAAGCCUAGCCAAAAUCCAAGACCAAUACCCAGAUCGAGAUCAAAUUCAAUGAAAGAAAUUGACAAAAUUCUAGAAAAGAACGAAAAUGUCGAUACCGAACACAAGUCAAAUGCCUACUUCAAACGGUUGUCAACUUUGCAAGAACUACCAGUGGACGAGUCCGAAAUUCAAGAUUCCCCAACAAGUAACCAAAAGGCUCCACGUCAAACAUUGGAUCCCGGUUACCGUGUCACUCUGUCUACACUGGUGUCGGUGCCGAGAGCCAACACUUCAGUCAAUGCCUCCAGUCCAGACAGUGGAUCGCCUAUACGACCUGCUCAAUUAAAGAAGCAUAUUAAUCCCAAUAUUGUUAAAGUUUCGCGAAAGGUUCUCUUCUCCUUCAGCGAGCUACACUCUUCCAUCCGGAGGUUCACUGGAUUUUGCUCAGACAAGAAGAUUACUAUGAAGAUGGUAUCAUUGUUGUAUACAACAAAAUCCAACAUUGAUUCAUUAGUUGAAAACCUCGAAGUGAUGGAAGAGAGUGGGGAAAAUGCGGAACAAAUCGCGGAGACAUUGCAUGCAUGCAUAACUUCAUUCAGGUCCAUAAUGGAUUUACUACUGGAAAAUUUGACCAAGUUUGUCAGCAAGAUCGACGUGUGCUUUAUCCGAAUGUUGUACUUGUCUGUGUUUGGAUCAAUUAACGAGCUAAAAAAUGCCCACGUCCUUUUAACAAAACAUAAAGGUUCAGAUUUCAAACUGAAACUCUCAAUCAAUACGAACGUUGGGUCUUCUUUUGCUGAAGUGGAUGAAAAAUUGUAUGUUACGGUGGAAUCUGCAAUAGCCAAUGCACAAUCUAUUUUUACCGAGUUGAACAAGGAUGUGCAUAGAGGUGCUGGCGCCAACGCCGGCUCAGUGCUGACAAAUGUGGCCACAAAAAUCAAGGACCUCAGUAGCAUUUGUGCGUCCUCCUUGGAAAUAACCAAGAGGCUAAAUACCAAGCUCAUCGCCAUUAGGAAUGAACCUUCUCAUGGAACGAGGAAGCAAUUUGCAGAAGACACAAACCAGUUUUUGAAGUCCAUUGUUCUGAUUUUAGCUGCAGUGAAAAGCAUUGUUGUUGACAUACCCAUAUUGGAGGACGUUCGAGCGCCAAUGUCAAGCUUAACCAAAACAGCUAAAGAGGUCACGUACAUGUUGGAGAUAUCUUCUUACAAAACGUUGUUAUCUGAUUCAGGGCAGGGGAAUCAACAAGUGCAGAGUGCUUCCACAGGUGUUCAACCACCCACAAUGUUUACCCCUGUGUCUGGUCGUGCUCCUACAUUGCUUUCAACGAGUGCACUCUCUAGUGGUCCGGCUCCAGUCCGAAAUCCCGUUGUUCCACCACCAAAUUUGUCUACUGCUAACUUGCAAGAUACAGCGACUGGCUCAUUUGCCCCAGUAAGUGGCCCACUCACUGCACCUCCACAAUCAAGUGGUCAAAUGUUUGCCAAGAAUGGAAUGAAUCCGUUUGAUAAGCUUAUAUUGAGUAAGCAUGAGGAAACAUAG